CCAUACGAGGCCACCCACACCUGGAACAAAGAGGCAAGAGAAAGCAGUCUCUGAGAGACAAGACUGGGGGCCCCCCAGGACUGGCCGAGAACUGUUGAGAGUGAAGUGUUCACACCAUUAAGAGACUACCCUAUCAAACACAGUUGCUCUGUCCCCUGCAAAGACCUACUCCAUAGACCUUGGCGCAGGAACUGGCACGCUACCUGGUUUUAGUUACAGCCAACAGUGCUCACGUACUGCGCAUAUUUUCUUAAUGUGUAUAUUAAUAAGGUUUUGCGUGUUAUAAAAGAGAGACCUCAAAUUUCUCAUCAUGCUUGUUCUGUAUUUCACGUGAGCCCUGAGUUCUGGAGGAACCAAAAGAGUGAACUCCGUACACGUGAGGUAAUUGGCCAUGGUGUUGGCCAUGGCAUCACAGGAUGUCCAGAACUUCUUUCAGCCUUUGUCUUCCUGGCUCUCCCGGGUUUAUGAAGCUCUACAGCAAGCAGGCGAUGCGCUCUCGGCGUCGCUGGUUCUUCUAAGCAAACAUGAUUCGGCGUUGAGUGACAAGCCAGACCAGGACUUGGAGGAUACUAGGUUUCAAGAAACCUACUUUGAAGAUGGAGAGCAGGGCAGUGAUAGGAAUUCUGAGGAGGCAAACUCCUUGUUUCUUGAAGAGGACCAUUCCUCACAUUCAAAUAGUGACCUUCGGGACUCUGGCAGUACGGCAAGGCCCAGAGUUGAUCAACAAACCAAAGACUCAUGCUCUACCACACACCAGUGGCCCGAUCAGAUCCCAACUGGCCCGAAGCCCCUGCACACGCUUUCUUCUAUUGCAGAGGAAGAACGUGACUUUGAGAGGCAGAGAUGUGGCCUCCAGCUUGGCCUUGACACCCAGCUCCCUGGCUCUUUAGAAAAAGCGGAUGGAAAAAAGCAAGCUAACAGCUUUGGGGAUGACGAGGAGCUGUCCACAUCUUCUGAGAGCGAUGAAGAUGUGACCAAGCAGUUUGAGAUCUCUGUGUCCCGAUCACAGAGUUUUCGUACAGGAGCACCCGAGAAGGGAAAGGCGACAGAGUUGGAACCGAAAACAAAAUGCAACCAUUUGCUGUCCGUCCACCGAGAAGACAGUGCUGAAGUGUCUGCUUGUGAAGAUUUGGAUGGAACCAGCCAACUCAGUUAUUCUGAGAUUCUGUCUUAUGAAGAUCAGCCCAUAUCUACUCUCUCACAAUCUCCCUGUGAGAGCAGAAACACCAGACACCAUGGUCCUUGUCAUCAAGAGACUGGCAUGGUCCGAAGCCUCAGCCGUCCUUGUGUGGAGAGCGUCCUGGAGGCAGAGACUGUGUUUACUAAUCGGAGCUUUGAAGAUUCCUAUGCCACUCAUAGCUCCUCUGUGUGGAGCCCAGAGCAGCAGGACAGGACCAGCCUGCAGGUGCCACCCAAGCUCCUGGAGCCUAUCUCAAAGUGCGGUUACCUAGAUAUCAUCUUUGAAUAUAGAGCUGUAACCCAGAAGCUCACCGUGACCAUUGUGAGAGCACAGGGCCUUCCAGAUAAGGACCGGAGUGGUGUCAACUCCUGGCAAGUCCAUGUAGUGCUGCUGCCCAGUAAGAAACAGAGGGGCAAGACUAACAUCCAGAGAGGGCCCAAUCCCGUCUUCAAGGAGAAGGUCACCUUCACCAAGCUGGAGCCCAGGGACGUGGCUGCCUGUGCCGUCCGAUUCCGCCUUUAUGCUGCCCGUAAGAUGACCCGAGAGAGGAUGAUGGGAGAGAAGCUGUUCUGUCUCAGCCACUUGCACCCAGAAGGGGAAAUGAAAGUGACUCUGGUUCUGGAGCCAAGAAGUAAUAUAAGUAGUGGAGAGUCUCCGCUUAGCCCAUCUGUGGUGUCUCACAGUGACAGUGCUUCAUCCACACAGUCCCUGUCUCAUGGAGGGGUGCCAGAGCUGUUGGUGGGACUGUCCUACAAUGCCACAACAGGGCGAUUAUCUGUGGAAAUGAUCAAAGGCAGCCAUUUCCGCAACCUCGCUGCUAACCGAGCUCCUGAUACGUACGGAAAACUCUUCCUUCUCAACUGUGUGGGUCAAGAGAUGUCCCGAUGCAAGACAUCCAUUCGACGCGGCCAACCCAACCCCGUCUAUAAAGAGACCUUUGUCUUCCAGGUGGCCCUCUUCCAGCUCUCUGAUGUUACCUUGAUGAUUGCCGUUUACAGCAGGCGCACUAUGAAGCGUAAAGAGAUGAUUGGCUGGCUCGCGCUGGGCCAGAACAGCAGUGGGGAGGAGGAGCAGGAGCACUGGGAGGAAAUGAAGGAAAGCAAAGGCCAGCAGAUAUGCAGGUGGCAUACACUGCUGGAAUCCUAGGCUUACCAAGGGGCUUCUGUGUGGUAUAUCAGCCUUGAUCAUCUGACACCAAGUCAGAGCAUUGUGUGUGUGUGUGUGGGGGGGGGCUUUCACAUUGAGAAUUUUACUAAUCUUAGGGCAUUCUGUGGUUUAGAACAUCAUCAAGGGUUUGGCUUUCAUUUAAAUAUUGUAAUGAAGGGAAAGCUACUUGCAGGGCCAAGUGCGCAGUUUGGGAAACAGUACCCUAGUGGAGACCACUGGUGAUGUCAUCAUUUGUGCUAAUGGAUGGCUGUGUUUUGGUUCGCACUAUGGGAUGCAGCUUCUCCUGCUUUCUCUUUUUGCUUGGAGAAUAGACUGAGGUUUCAAAGGAGCUGGAACACUACUGUUUUCCAUCACUGAGGUGUAUGAAUCAGACUCUUCUCGGUGUUCACAUUUCCAAAAUAGAGAAAAGAGUCAGAUGCUGAGGAUUCCAGAAAGAUGUAACCAAUCCACAAUCCUCUGCCACGCCUACUCUCUUUAUGAAAAAAAAAAAAGCUCUGUUUAUUUAAAAGGUAAUUGUUAUAAAUGUGUGGUAUAAAAUAAAUUUGUAUUCAUGAAAUGCCUCUUUUUUCUCAAUUAGAUAAAUCACGAUUUCUAAAAGAAUUGGGUUAGACAAAUCAUCUUGAAGUUGCAAAAGAGUUAAAAAAACUGACUGUUAUCUGACCUAUCUCUUUUUGAAUAUGUAAGAUCUCAAAAAUCAAGGGUUUUAUGCUUUUUUUUUUUAAACCGAGCCAGUACCUAAAGAACAAGAAGAAAACCAAGGAGACAAUAAAGUCUUGGCUUUCUUGAUGUUUCCAAAUCUGGAGUUCAUUUGUAUUAUACCUUUCUACAGACAAUUAUAUUAACUCACACAAGUGGUUUUUGUAUGUACACCUGUGUGUCUGUCACGUUCACCUUUAUGCUCUGUACCCUGCCAGUAGAACAUAGUAAAAUGCGUACAGUGGAUCUUAAUAAAUACUGAUUUGAUUGACUUGUGGGAAUGAACAUGUGAACCCCUCUGAGAAAAGGCAUAAUGUCAUUUUGCAUAGAGCGACACUGAAUUCUUUGAGCACUGAGACUCCCCAGCACUGCUGUUUCUCACAUGCGACAAUAUGUAUUAGUGACUCCUUGCCUUCUGAUCACGUGCUCUUUAAACGCUGACCAUGUAUGGUUCUGGGCUUAGGGUUUUACUGAUGAGCCGCUUUUACAUAUUUUUGCAGUGUCCUUUUAUUUGCUUUAUUUUUAGAUCUGAGCUCUUACUUUCAAUGCCUUUCACCUGGACAUGAUAGAGGGGGAGGGGAUGCACACUUAACCCUGUGCUCAACGUUAGAGGUUCUCUGAGCAAUUGCCCAGUCGUUUAUUUUUAGCCUUUGAUGUUUUCUUGUUGACUUCCACCCUGUCUGUGGGAAGAGUGAUAGGUAGAGAUGGAUGCGUACAGCCAAAGCCAUGUCGCUUCCCCUCAGCUCUGCAUUUGGACAGAUUGUCAGCGUAGGCUGCAAGGCUUGGAGAACAUAUUUAUUCCUUGCAAUUUGUAAUGGUUAUCUUGACAAGACCAGGCAAGGGCAUGGGAUAACUCUACUGUGAUCACAGGAAUCAGAUAUUUGGAAGAAAUCUCUUUAUAUAGAAGGACAAGAAUUUGCAGAAUAAAUUAGUAUCUUCAUUUCUUUUCUGGUCCCUUGGGUUUUCCCCUGUCUUUCUUGGGAAGACCUGAGAGUGCUUUCUCAGCAUCAUGUCCAUUAACUGCCUAGUGGGUUUUUCAGCAUGACUGUGUCACAGGGUAGAACUGAGUGCAAUUGAUGGAGAGCGACGAAGAAUUGGCUUUUCACAUCCCUCCCUCUCUGUGCGCCUUGUGUUUAAAGGGAAGUAGAGCAGCCUCGUUUUGCUUCCCUUUAUGCCAUGAGCAUAAUAGCAGCAUUCAUUUUAAAAUUUACAUUUGAAAAAAAAUCUGUAUAUAUUGUACAGACAGCCCUGGGUUUUCCUCGCUCAUGUUUGCCUGCUCUACAUGUUGCCUGCAUCCAGAGUUUUGCGGACCCCAACAAUCACCAGUGCUUUCUAUUCUGCUCCUUGACUUGUCCAGUUUUAGGGUUUUCUGCUGGCAUAGUGAGCUUCACAAUCAUGUGCACCCUUUCAAGAGGAAAGAUGCCUGAAAAGCGUUUCCCCCACUUUUUCAUUUCCUUUGUUAUUGCCACCCGCCAUAACACUUGUGCGUCUUGGUUAUACAGCGGCGUUCACCCUCCACCGAUGGAACAGACAUCAAAUUCUAAAGACAAGAUGCAUUGAAAUGUGAGGCUGACCAUUUUUUUAAUCUCAAUUUGAAAUUCUGCUUUAGGAAGAUCUUUGAAUUUUGUGCACUUAGACUCUCUUAUAUUUUCUUGGCAAAGUCUAGACCCAAAUGCAUUUAACAUGUUUUUCACUUGAGCGUUUACAGCUACAUUUGCCUCUCAAAAGAGUUAUGAAAGAUAAUUAGUUGGCUCUGUGGUGGGAAAGCUGCCUUUGCCUGCUUUAGCUAAGCUAAUGAUUAAUAUCUUGUGCAGAGCUUGAUGUGGAAGCAAUGCUGGGUUUUGUUGCUUGCUGGUUCUUUCCCCAAGAGUGAGCUUUGAAAACAAUGUCAUUGAGAGCGCAGAGUUUAUGGAAAUAUGUUUCAUUGUGGGCCUGCUUUCCGGGCACAGGCUUCUGCUGACUUGAGAAGGGUUGGUUUCACCAAUCACAGUGCUGGCUGUUAUAGUCUCUGAUCCCCUCUGACUGUUUUCUCUUUUUCUUUUUUUCUUUAAUGGACUAUUCACCAGAACAGACAAGCACCUGCUCUGGGUUCCGUCUCCUUUUCACUGGCUCCCCAUGAGAGAUGCACAGUUGUUUUGGACCCUGUGCUUGCUGAUCAAAUAACUGCUGGGCAGAGGGAAUCCUGCUUUCCCUAACAUAAGAAGAAUUUUUAAUGCCCAUGAAUGUAGUAUUCUUAACAUUCCUCCAGCAUGAGACCCCAGAAAUGAGCCAGAUCAUGUUUGCAAAGAGACACAAUGUUGCAUCUGUGGUCGUUCAACUUAGGUGUCAUUGGCUAUGAUGUGCUCUGAUGACAGUUCAGGCAUUGAUGCGAAUGUUGGUGUUCUCCACAGUGCUAGCUCCUCUGGUAUACCUGAAGCACACCUUCUCCCUCUUCAACAUGACAUUCACAACAUUAUACAAAUGACGGUUGCCUCUUUCUGUGAUUUAUGUUUUGGCUGCACCAAAAAGUGUUAUCUGAGAAUGCAAAUUUUUCUUUCCAAGGAAUUCAAAUCUCCUGGAAAGUUUCUUGGCCUAUUGAUCUUUCAGUGUGGACACUGAGCUGUGUAGCCACCUAAACCUGGCUGUCCUUUCCAUGCAGAGAACUUAGUAUAUGGAGGUAUGAAAAAAAGUCAUUUUUAAGUGACAUGAAAUCACAUGGAAACAAUUUAGAACUGGAUC